AUGAACGUCCUACGUGCCUCCAGGAUUGCCACCCGCCCUCGUGCGCUCCUUGCUGUCCGUGCAGCAUCGACGACGGCAUCUCCUAUUCGCUCUUCGAAUUCCGCGGUUUCCCUGGCAAACGUAGAGGCACAAUGGGAGAGAUUGUCAUCUGAGGAACAGGUCGAGGUCCAUCGUGAGCUCGAGGCUCUCCAGAAGAGGGACUGGAAGACACUGUCCAUCGAUGAGAAGAAGGCUGCCUAUUUUGUUGCUUUCGGUCCCCAUGGGCCUCGCACACCUGUAACUCCCGAGGGACAGACCAUGAAGGUUAUUGGCGGUACUAUCUUUAUCCUUGCUCUUGCGUCGGGUGCAUUUGGUAUCAUCAGGUCUUAUGGUACUACCCCUCACACAAUCUCCAAGGAGUAUCAGCAAUCCAUGAACGAGCGUGCUUUGGAGCAGAAGAUGAACCCGCUUACCGGUAUCGCCUCCGAGGGCUACAAGGGUACUGGCUUCGUCACCCGCACUUAA